AGGAGGAGGAGGAGGAGGAAGGGGCGGCGCUCGGCUGGGCUCGGCUGGGCUCGGCGCGGCCAUCCCCCGGCCCCGCAUCGCUGCGUGCGCGGAGCCGCCGUGCAGCCGGCAGGAUGAUCGCCGCCCAGCUCCUGGCCUACUACUUCACGGAGCUGAAGGAGGACCAGGUCAAAAAGAUUGAUAAAUACCUCUACGCCAUGCGGCUCUCCGACGAAACGCUGCUGGAUGUCAUGGCUCGCUUCAGGAGGGAGAUGAAGAACGGCCUCUCCAGGGAUUUUAACCCCACGGCUGCAGUCAAGAUGCUUCCCACGUUUGUCAGGUCCAUUCCUGAUGGUUCAGAGAAAGGAGAUUUCAUUGCACUGGACCUUGGUGGUUCUUAUUUCCGAAUUCUGCGGGUGAAGGUAUCGCAUGAAAAGAAGCAGACGGUGCAGAUGGAAAGUGAAAUUUAUAACACCCCUGAAGAUAUCAUGCAUGGCAGCGGGACACGGCUUUUUGAUCACGUUGCUGAGUGCCUGGGAGACUUCAUGGAGAAACAACAGAUCAAAGACAAGAAAUUGCCAGUCGGGUUUACGUUUUCUUUCCCCUGUCGACAGUCCAAGCUAGAUGAGGGUAUUCUGAUAACCUGGACGAAGCGCUUCAAAGCAAGUGGAGUGGAGGGAGCAGAUGUUGUGAGGCUGCUUAACAAGGCCAUCAAGAAACGUGGGGACUACGAUGCGGAUAUCAUGGCUGUUGUGAACGACACCGUCGGGACGAUGAUGACCUGUGGCUUUGACGACCAGCGCUGCGAAGUUGGCCUGAUCAUUGGCACCGGCACCAACGCCUGUUACAUGGAGGAGAUGCGGCACAUCGACCUGGUGGAAGGGGACGAGGGCAGGAUGUGCAUUAACACGGAGUGGGGGGCCUUUGGAGACGACGGCUCACUAGAAGACAUCAGGACUGAGUUUGAUCGAGAGAUCGACCGUGGAUCUCUUAACCCAGGGAAGCAGCUGUUUGAGAAGAUGGUCAGCGGGCUGUACAUGGGGGAGCUGGUAAGGCUCAUCCUGGUGAAGAUGGCCAAGGAGGGGCUGCUCUUUGAGGGGAGGAUCACCCCUGAGCUUCUCACCAAAGGGAAGUUUGAGACAAAGCAUGUUUCUGCCAUAGAAAAGAGCAAAGAAGGUUUGAACAAAGCCAAAGAGAUCCUGACGCGGCUGGGGGUGGAGCCGUCCCACGAGGACUGCAUCGCCGUCCAGCAUGUCUGCACCAUCGUGUCCUUCCGCUCUGCCAACCUGGUGGCCUCCACCCUGGGUGCCAUCCUCAACCAGCUGCGGGACAACAAGGGGGUUGGCCGCCUCCGCACCACCGUGGGCGUGGAUGGCUCCCUCUACAAGAUGCACCCACAGUACGCCCGGCGCCUGCACAAAACCACGCGGCGCCUGGUGCCCGACUCAGAGGUGCGGUUCCUGCUGUCGGAGAGCGGCAGCGGGAAGGGGGCGGCCAUGGUGACGGCCGUGGCCUACCGGCUGUCGGAGCAGCACCGGCUCAUCGACGAGACCCUGGCCGAGUUCAAGCUCACCCACGAGCAGCUGCUGCAGGUCAAGAAGAGGAUGAGGGCGGAGAUGGAAGCGGGGCUGAAGAAGAAGACUCACGAGACGGCCAAAGUGAAAAUGCUGCCCACCUUCGUCCGCAGCACGCCGGAUGGGACAGAAAACGGAGACUUUCUGGCACUUGACCUUGGAGGGACAAACUUUAGAGUUUUGCUGGUGAAAAUCCGCAGUGGUAAAAGGAGAACAGUUGAGAUGCACAACAAGAUCUAUGCCAUUCCUAUAGAGGUGAUGCAGGGAACAGGAGAAGAGCUGUUUGAUCACAUCGUUACCUGCAUUUCUGACUUCCUGGAUUAUAUGGGGAUAAAAGGUGCACGUCUUCCUCUUGGCUUCACCUUUUCCUUCCCUUGCAAGCAGACCAGUCUGGAUGCUGGUAUCCUUCUCAACUGGACAAAAGGCUUCAAAGCUACGGACUGCGAGGGAGAAGAUGUGGUAUAUUUGCUUAGAGAAGGAAUUAAAAGAAGAGAGGAAUUUGACUUGGAUGUGGUGGCUGUGGUGAAUGAUACAGUGGGCACAAUGAUGACCUGUGCUUACGAAGACCCAAACUGUGAAAUCGGGCUCAUUGUGGGAACGGGCAGCAAUGCCUGUUACAUGGAAGAGAUGAGGAACAUAGAGAUGGUGGAUGGUGAGCAAGGGCGGAUGUGCGUGAACACGGAGUGGGGAGCGUUCGGGGAUAACGGAUGCCUGGAUGACAUCAGGACAAUAUAUGACAAAGCAGUUGAUGACUAUUCACUGAAUGCUGGAAAGCAAAGGUAUGAGAAAAUGAUCAGUGGGAUGUACCUGGGGGAAAUAGUCCGCAAUAUUUUGAUCGACUUCACCAAACGGGGAUUCCUGUUCCGAGGCCAGAUUUCAGAGACACUGAAGACCAGGCAUAUCUUUGAAACCAAGUUCCUUUCUCAGAUUGAGAGUGACAGGUUGGCCUUGCUGCAGGUGCGAACCAUCCUGCAGCAGCUGGGGCUCAACAGCACCUGCGACGACAGUAUCAUUGUCAAGACGGUCUGCGGGGCGGUGUCAAGGCGAGCAGCUCAGCUGUGUGGCGCUGGAAUGGCUGCCGUUGUAGAUAAAAUUAGGGAGAACAGAGGGUUGGAGCGCCUGGAGAUAACGGUCGGUGUGGAUGGCACUCUGUACAAACUACAUCCUCACUUUUCAAGGAUCAUGCACCAAACAGUCAAGGACCUGGCACCCAACUGCGACGUGACCUUCCUGCUGUCAGAGGAUGGCAGCGGGAAGGGGGCCGCGCUCAUCACAGCGGUGGGAUGCCGGCUGCGUGAGGCCGAGCAGAACUGAACUCCACAGCCCUGGCCCCGAUUCUGUCUUGUGAGCACUUUCUCAUAAAGCAGCGACUGCAUAGUCAGAACUGGUAAAAACCCAGAACUCACUGCUUUAUCGGGGGAAAAAAGAAAUUACAACUAAUGACAUAAAAGAAAAAAAAUAGGAUACAAGAUAGAAUGUGUGCUGUUAAUAAUAUCUCCUUUUUCUGGACCCCAAUCUGCAUGUUUCUUACUCACCUUGUUGGUACCUUCCCCAUCUGUAGGUCAUGGAAAAAAAUCAGUCUAUAAUUUCUGCAGUUGUCAAAUCUCGGUUGUUGUCUGAGACAAAAUUGCCCCCAAGUGAUGUGCAUUGAGAGCUACCGUUGCAUUGUACCGAGUGUGUCCUUUGCAGCAUCCCUGUGAGCGCACUGCCAGCACGCUGACCACCAGACCUGGGUGUUGAUGCUUUUAGUGAAGGGGAAGCAACAGUUCCCUCCUGCAUAUCUACCUGCUGUUGUUCCGUCUAAAGCGGUUGUGAAAACAUUAUGGUGUGUCAGCACUGUGCACGCACGUAACUCUAUAGUGGGACUUGACACCGCGACUUACUCGCUUCCUUGAUGCCUGUUCUGUCAUGGUAAAAGUAAACACCCUUGUCCCACAGAUCUGGUUCCACUGGUAUUUCCCAUUGCUUCUGUGAGCAGUGUUGUGUUACUGGGCGAAAUCCGCCACGUUUCGGCAAGAAAUCCCCAAAGAGUAGAAUGAAGUGGUUGGUGAUUGGGGUAAUCCAAACCUCCAGACCUGCGAGAUCGGCAGAUUCAUGGUCCCUGCACGGCUGUGCUGUGCUCUUCUGUUUAAGAGUUCUUAUAAAAAGUAUUUCCUAUCUCUUCUUGUUAGUCUGGAUCAGGGCACUGCUGCUGCCCUUCCACGGAACCUGCAGCUCGCCUGUGUCCCUGGGAUGCAGCACUUCCGUCUCUCGCCUUAAAUGGGUAUUUGCUUCCACACAGAGCUUUAAUCUUUAAUACUGUUCAGCAAUCACUCAGAACACAAACACUCAGCUAGAGUUAGUGCUCAGAAAGGAAUAGGAGGGUUUGAUUUUGAUCUUGCCUUUGAGGACCUGGGCGUAUAGACAACCCACCAAGCCAAAAUUGGCUGCAGCUUAUUCCAAGGAUGAAAGCAACAGCAAAGAUCAUACACACUUGGUGUCCCCUGUCCUCUGUCGAGUUGAUGCCAUUAUUAUACUUGCAUACCAGUUGCAUUACUGAAAUUGAAAAACAGUUAGGAAAGUAAAUGUCGAGUAACAUUUGCAAGUCACAGCACUUUCUGCAAAGAGGGAGACCACACAGUAGUCCUUAAUUCCCACUCUUCUACCAAAAAUGAAUUUGAGAUAUCUGCAUGGUUUUCCCUGCUGCCUUUUCCUGCAGAAAGUAGAUGGAAAUUUGCAGGCUACUCCUCUUUGUCCUCAUUCCACUCCUCUAAGAUUUGGAUUGCCCUACCUACCGAUAACAUUUCAAUAUGCAUUAUGGUGCACUGUGAGUGAAUGUUGUAAAGUAACAUGUGAGUCACAAACAGUCAUUGCAGCUUUAAGUGUGUGUCUACCUGAAAAAUUGCAUGCCUAACUGGUUUUGCAAAGGUAGAGAGUCUUUUUACUUUGCACACUAGUAGCUCUGGUACUAGUGUUACGUGAUACUUGUGAAAAUAUUAAACUUUUUUGAUGUGCGU